AGGUAGCCGGUGCGGCGGUGAUGGGCGGUGUGGGGGUAAUUCACAUUCACAAACAAGAAUGGCGUACUCUGUCAACGUCUCCGUGGAGGCGCCUAUUGAAAACCAAAUACAGGAAAUCACCUACGAUGGCCAGGAGAUUUAUCAAGCACCACUCACAUUGUCAGAGAAUUUGGCAAAAAUAGCUCAAAAGAUUGACUUUAGCAAAACUAAUGGUGAUGACGUUACUAAAGAGCAAGAAAAUGGUGAAAAAAGUGAGGAUGAAUCAAAAGAUCCUGCCAAUUUUCAAUCGUCCCUUUGGCCAUGGGACAGUGUUCGAAAUAAAUUGAGGAAUGCCUUGACAGAGGUAUGCGUUUUGGCAGAUGUCCUUGCAGUGGCCAAAGAAAAGAGGUACAUGGUACUUGAUCCUGUACAACAAGAUCCAAUAGAAGUAAAGCCUUUAGUUCAGGUUCAUGCCAGAAAAAAGGCAUUAGCAGGCGCAGCUUCUGUGUUGAUCAUGGGUGCUGAUAGAAUGAAGAGUUGUCAAAACGAGCUGGCAAGGACUCGUUCUACACCUGACUUCCAUAUAGAAUUACUGAGACUUCGCCAAAAUUGGCGCUUGAAAAAAGUCUCCAAUUCCAUUAUAGGAGAUUUAAGUUAUCGUACAGCUGGUUCUAAGUACAAUCAAACAGGAAUGUUUGAAAUCACAAAAGCAGAGGAAGAAGAAAAAACCAGUACCAGUCCCCCUGCUUCUCCAAAUCCUAAUAUGCCUGUGCCAUCAACUUCCUCCAGUAAUAAAAAUGCAUCUGCAUUGCGUGUAACAAUACCCAGUGAACUUGAGGGCAUUGCUUACAUCGAAGUAUUAUGUAAAAAAGAUGAAGAAGCACUUUGUAGCGCCAAUAUUAACUGGCUUAAUAGUGGCUCAGGAAAUAAACUUGAUCCAGAUACGCAUUGGCAACAAAAGUUAGAAGCAGCGCAGAAUGUUUUAUUUUGUAAAGAACUUUUCAGUCAAUUAGCAAGGGAAGCAGUGCAUUUGAGAGCACCGAUUCCUCACAUGGUAGUGGGUAACAGAAUAAUGGCUACAGUACUUCCAGGCAUUCAACUUGUAAUAAUAUUAAGGCACAGUACAGGAAAUGAUAAGAAACCAGUGCCACAGAAUACAGAUCACGAUCACGUUCUUGAACAUUCUUUGCAUCAAUUACUCAGAGAGGUGCACCACAAAAAUACACACCAUCCAUUCCCGCAUCCAUCGUCGGGUCCAUUAGGCCCAAGCAAACGUAGGUGCUUGGCAGGACCAACUGCAGCCGAUCGUCACGAAUUGUUGGAAAUGACGAAAAGUCAAACGCUUUUAGAACAGAUCAUUCAGCAAGCACAGCACUUCUUCAUGCGACUACGGACAGAGUACGUGCUGGAUACAAUUGCCAAGGAAUUCAAAGACCCUCUGAUACUUUCUCAUUGGAACGCAUUAAAUUCACCUACCCAGUCUAGUGUGAGAAUUGUGAUUCAAACUCAUGGCUACGAUCAGUUGAUACGAACUUCAAUGGUUUUACACGUUCACGAAAAGUCGUUAAAGUGCGUUUGCAAAGAUGGUAGAGUCAUGCAUAUGAGCUAUGAACCCCAAGAAUUGCGUGAUCUUAUAUUUUGUCAGAUUUAUCAACAUCAAAUAAGUGCUGUGCAAGGACUAGCAAAAUGCAUGGGCUGGCAGUUCUUAGCAAAUAGCUCACAUCUAGGCCUUGGAGCUGUAGAACCUUUAGGAAAUGCUAGUAGUUGUAUAUUGGCAUCUCCCAACGGUGAUAGAAUGAUCGCAGUGAGAUGUGAUCCUCAUACUAAGAUACAGGUUUCGAUCGCUCAUUCUCCGAGAAAAGACUUCUUCCCUGGACAAUUAGUAAAAGAAAGGAAGUGGGAAAAUCUCGGUGGCUCUUUCAAAGAAGUAAGAUGGGACAAAAUGGAAGGCAAAAAUUUCUUGAAUAAAAUGGAAUUGCUCAUGGCAUCUCUUACCAGUUCUUAAAUCACAGGAUCUUGAAAUUAACAAAAUAAAACAGGGUGAAAGUCAUGAACUGAAAGUGAUUUCAGUAUCUCAUAAAAACAGUUUAUUUUCUCAUACAAGAAUAAGGUGAAAGCGAUGCGUUUGAAAUAAAGCAGAUUUGAACUUAAGUAUUAUUAUGUGAAGUGUAAACGCAGAUUGUCCGAAAGCAGGACAAAAGCAAUAUACAUAUGAUGUCAAUCAUUGUAAUGUAUUUAUCGACAUUAUACGACAGAGUAAAUAAAAUCGUUUAUUAUUUGUGUCUAGAUUAGAAGUUCAGUGAGCAAGAUUUAUAAAUAAAUAAGACAGACAUUUUAAUAUUUGUAUAAAAAUGAUUUUAUUAUUAUUUUUUAUAACGUGAAUGUAUGUGUGAAUGGAAAAUUGAUUUAGUAAAUACAUUUUCUAUGAAUAAAA